AUAAACCGUUAUAAACGUCAAUUGGUUGUAGAUAAUAUAUAUACUGUCGAGUUAUUGAUGGUCAUAGAUCAUGCUAUCUACCAAACAUGGUAUAAUGGUAUAAAAGAAUCCAAUCCUGUCAAGAGAAGGGACAAGACAAUCGAGACUAUUAAACAAUACUAUGCGUUUGUUCUCAAUGGGAUUGAUGUACGCUAUGCUUCUAUACAAGAACCAGAUUUACAGAUAGACGUGACUUUCGCUGGUAUUCUGAUAUUUGAUGACGACAAUGACUCGUAUUUAUCGCCAAGCAGUUUACUUCCUGGAGAUUUGGUGGAAUCAUCUGAUGCUCUCGAGACAUUUAGACAGUGGGUGCUAAGUAACAUGACGUCACUUCCUCCUAGUGAUCAUGUUAUGUUAUUUACUGGGUUUAAUUUAACGUAUGGCGGGUCAACAUCAAACGCAGGGUUGGCGUAUUUGAGGUCUAUAUGUAACAGUGAAUAUUUUUUCUCGAUUGUUGAAGAAUAUUUUGAGUUUAGAGUUAUUUCUAUUGCUGCUCACGAGCUAGGGCACAGUCUAGGUGCCCGUCAUGAUAUGGAUGAAAACACAUGUCUGUCAUUCCAGCUGUAUAUAAUGACGUCACGGUUUAAAUUCCCUAGUAAAAGUAAAGCCGCCAAUCCCUACAGGUUCUCCAAAUGUAGUAUACAGUAUUUCAAAGAUUUUAUUUUCUCUUUGAAAAGACACGGAUCGUAUUGCUUAAAGACUCGUGAUGCUCUACAAGAUAUAAAGGAGAUAUCUGGGUUUCUGAUCAAUCAACCUGGAGAGAUAUAUACAUCAGAUAUACAAUGUCAAAACAGUCAGGGUGACAGGUCUUAUGUAUGUAGGGAGAAACAUCGUGGUGAUUUUAGUAGUACCUGUAGCCAGGGUAUGUUAUGUUAUAACACAGAUAUUGGUAUGUGUUCUAAAAUAUUACCAGCUGAUGGUACACCGUGUGCUAAAACUAAGUGGUGUAUUAAUGGGACGUGUGUAGAAGAAAUGUCUGUCAAUAGACUAGCAGAUGACUGUCCGUUUGGAGACAUUCCAGUAGUGGUUCGAGAUAACCAGACCUGUCGCCAUCUUGUUUCUAGUGCACCAUGGGAAUGCUAUGAUGAACGAUUCCGUUUAAAUUGUUGUGAUUCCUGUUUCUACAAACAUACAACGGUAGCAGGUUGUGAGUUUGGAGAUCGUCAAAGCAACUGUAUUAAAGAGGCCUGUAAUGAUUUCAACGAAACAACGAGGACUUCCGAAUGUUGUGAAACUUGUUCUGAUGUGCCGUUUCCUACACGACCAGCUAGAACAACCACAACUACUAUCGCUACCACUACUACCAUGACAACCACUGCCAUGCCCAAUACUACAACCUUAGCAACCAGAACCUUACAAACUACUCCCACAUCUGCAAAUCAGGUUGCGACACUGAUUAAUCCAAAUUUAGGAAUUGCGCAAAACUCCGUGCCACCGCUAACAACACCUGCUACUAAAACCGUGACAUCCAAAAUAAAUCCAGUGACAACUCUUUAUGAUAUUGGUGGUGUGACUUUUAAAUCUAAAAACCCCGAUUCGUCCGUUCUUCCUAAUCCAGAAACUGAUACCCAAAACUAUAUUACCAAAGAAAAUGUUCCGGUAAUUACAAGAAACAUCACACCCUCAUCUGGUGUAACUCGAAAGAACCGCCAUAACAACCCUCCUGGUAUUCCCCCUGACGCAUCUCGGGAUUCACCUCAAGAACUGUCGGGAACUACUAUGAGUUUCAUUACACAGAAUGAAAAACCGGGCGUUGAACAACCUUCGCCCACAGUAACAGACCCACCAAGAAGAUAUAUUAAAAAUCAUGGCACUGGUGACGAUAGUGGACCGUUAUCCACAACCGACAAAUCGAACGAAAUUCAUUAUAUCUCAAAACCUGACGUUAUUACUUCCUCACAUAAUACACUGCAUAACAGCGAAACAAAUAUGGAUAUGACGACUACGAUGUCAUCAAUUCUGAAUAAACCAAUCACCAACUCUAAUAUGCAACCAAUAUGGCCGCCAUUCAUCAACCGUUACCUGACGACAAGACACAUUUUAAGGAAGAAGAUAUCACGUGGUAGCAAUCAUGGUUAUCGUUUUGAUAAGCCAGGUGGUGAAUCAGAUGAAGAUGGAAAUUCAUCUGGGGGAACGUCGGAAGAAGAUUCCAAUGGUAACGGCCAUGGUUCCUGGCGACAGCGAUUCUUCCAUCAUCUUCGUACGAAAAUAAACCAACACCAAGAACGUAAGAAAACCAAAUCUAAAAACUUUUAUGAAAAUAAGCUGUUUAGUAAUCUGAAUCUCCAACAUUUAAAGCGAUUUUAAGAUUUUUUAAGCAACAUCAUUUUUUAAAUUAAACAUUUAGUUAUGCGUAUAUUAAAGGAGAUGUCCCCGUUUUUUUAUAUGUUAUACCGUGAUAUAAGUGCCUUUAAGAUGCAGAAGCAUCGCCAAAAUGAUAUACCAUUUCUCAUGUCUGAAAAGGGCUUUGAAAUAAGAAAUUUCCCUACGAAUGUAAAUUUUGUGUCCUGAUAAAGGGUUAUAAAUUACAUUUCACAAACCUCCACAAGUUUAUAAACAGUUUAUAAACAUGGGUAUCCAUGUGGAGAGUGAUAAAUAU